UCAAAACUUCUCCUUGUUUUUUGUUCUCAGCCGUCGUCGUCCGUUUAACAGAGCAAGACGACGACGAGAGUGAAAGCCUUUGUUUCGCAUUUGGUGUCGACUCAUGUUUUCAUUAAUACUCCAACGAGGGAGAAGGUCUCAAUGGCGCACUUUGACAAAAGCUACUCCUUUUACUCAACCCUUCUCUUCUUCUACUAUCGCUACCACCACCAACACCAACAAAGAUCUGCUGAGUCUUGAAGAUGAAAGAAAAAAGAAGACUUUCACAGUCUCUUACCUUAUCGACUCCUUAGGACUAACUACAAAACUCGCCGAAUCAAUCUCAAUGAAAGCCAGUUUCGACAAAAGAGGUAACCCAGAUUCAGUCCUGAAACUUCUAAGAAGCUACGGAUUCACAAACUCUCAAAUCUCAAGUAUCAUCGCUACUUACCCACGUUUCCUUAUUGAGAAUCCUGAGAAGUCUCUUCGUGCUAAGCUUCAUUUCUUGAAACUUAACGGAGCUUCAAGCUCUGAGCUUACUGAGAUUGUUUCCAAAGUUCCUAAAAUCUUGGGGAAGAGUGGAGGUAAAUGGAUUAGUCAUUACUAUGAUUAUGUCAAAGAGAUCUUACAAGAUCAAGAUAACACUUCUUCUUCUUCUUCUUCUUCUUCUUCUUCUUCUUCUUCUUCCAAGCAGACCAAUCGAACUCGAAACGUAUCGGUUUUGAGAGAAAUGGGAGUGCCUCAGAGACUGUUGUUAAACUUGUUGAUCUCUAGAGCUAAACCGGUUUGUGGUAAAGAAAGAUUUGAAGAAUCGGUUAAGAAGAUCGUUGAGUUAGGGUUUGAUCCGGCUAGUCCUAAGUUUGUGAAUGCUUUGUAUGUUUUCUAUGAGCUUAGUGAUAAGACAAUAGAUCAGAAAGUGAAUGCUUAUAAAAAGUUAGGACUUAGUGUGAAUGAAGUUUGGGCAGUUUUCAAGAAAUGGCCUUUCUCGUUAAAAUACUCUGAGAAGAAGAUUAUUCAAACGUUUGAGACUUUGAAACGUGUUGGUCUAACGGAGGAAGAGGUACGCUUGAUGGUUAAAAGGUACCCUGAAUGCGUAGGCACUUCAGAGGAGAAGAUAGUGAAGUCAGUCGAGACUUUUCUCGAGCUAGGAUUCACUAAAGACGAGUUUGCGAUGAUCAUAAAGCGACAUCCUCAGUGCGUUGGCUUAGCUGCGGAUUCGGUUAAGAAGAAGACUGAGUUUCUUGUGAAGACGAUGGGUUGGUCUUUGAAAGUUGUGGCUUCAACACCUAUUGUACUUGGAUUCAGCUUGGAGAAGUUCAUUUUCCCUAGGUGUAAUGUAAUCAGAGUUCUUGUUACGAAAGGGCUGAUCGAUGAAGUCCCUGCGAUCUCUACUGUUUUGACGAGUCCGAAGCUGAAGUUUUUGAAGCUUUUUGUGGAGAAGCAUAAGAGUGUCUCACAUGAUUUGAUCUCUAUCUUCACUGGAGAUAGCAGUCUAAUAGAUUAGAUAGCACUGUGAAGAAAAGAAAAAGUUCCAAACCUCAAAGAUUGGUUAUUGUUGAUUUGUAUCAUGAGAUAUGUGUUCAGUCUCCCAAUUUUGUUGUAAAGAAACAUUUUUAGGGAGUCAAACAAUUAAAUAAGGACAGUUUUCAGACAAGAACACUUACUGUCGUUUUGGCAAUUAAGGGUGUGUUUACUA